GACUGCUAUUUAUUACGCGUCAUCAUUUCGCGACACUCGGCAAGGCAUGAUUUUCAGAUCAGCCUUUUCGGAAGAAACUUGUGUGGGGGUGUGACAAGAAAUUGCGGUGCUUGCAGUGUCACAAACAAGGUCGGAAUGUGGAGGUUGAGUGUGGUCCGCCACAAGGCGCGUUCAGACAAAAGUCAUUUGGAGGAGUUCAAAUUCAAGCGACGAGAACAGGAAAGAGUGCUGAGGCAGGCGCGGAGGGAUAAACAGCUAGUGAGUAAGCGACUAAUGCAAGAAGAUGACGAGGAAGACGACGACGACGGAGCCAUGGACACUGCAGCCGAUGUGCUGUCCAAGGAGCAGGUGACGGAGCUGUUUCGUAGAGUCCAGCACAGCGGUGAGGAAAGGGUUAAUCACCUCCGAGCCCUGAGGAAGGCCCUGCGGUCCCCGGACACGCAGCUCAUCUUCAUCAAGUUGGAGAACAGCAUGCAGGUGCUGGUGGGUCUCCUCAGUGGCUCUAACGCUCACUGUCAGCUGGAAGCGGCCCACUGCCUGUUCCUGCUGUCCCACUCGCCCAAUCCCGCAACGGGCCUCGCCUGCCUGCCCGCCACGCCCUACCUGCUCACUUACCUGUGUGGACAGAGUGACAAGUUCACGGCACUUUGUCUGUAUACUUUGGGGAAUCUGUGUGCGGAGAGUGAGGCUGUGCGGGAGAAGCUCCUGGCACAGGGGAUCGUUCCAGCUCUGACCAGCUGCCUGCAGAGGCACAACCUUGCAGUGGUGGAGGCAGCGGGAUUCACGCUCUCCCAGCUCCUCCAGACCAAAGACGCCGCGGCCAACAUUGUCCCGCCGGUCCUGGCGUCAGGUUUAACCCUUCACCUGCUGGCCGGGCUGCAGCCGGCUCCGGACUACGGGAUGGGAGCGGCCAUAGAGUGCGCCUGGUGCCUGCACUACCUGGUCUGCAGUACUGCGGACAGUGAGACCCUUUCAGCGCUGGGCGCCGUGUCAAAGUGCAGUUCCCUGCUUAUCACACUGGGUGGCGCUGUGGCCUCAGGCAACACAGAGGAAGGCGUGGAGCUGCUGGUAUGGCCCCUGCUCCGCGCUUUGGGAAACCUGCUGUCGGGCUGCAGGUCGGAGGGCCUCCAGGGUCAGCUGAGAGACAGCCGGCUCCUCCCCGCCCUCUGUGUCCUCGCCCAGGCCUUCCUGAAGCCCCACCCUGCCCUGGCCAGAGAGAGCCUGUGGGUCCUUAACAACCUGACGGCUGGUCCCAGUGUCUUCUGCUCGGCCGUACUCUUCCUGAAUCUGGUCCCGGCGCUGAUCCAGCUCCUUCCCUUCUCCAAGGGAAUCAACUGCAUGGUACUGCAGGUCCUGGGUAACGUUGCUUACCUGGGCAAGGAGUACUGCACCCAGCUGAGUCGGGCGGGCCUUCUGCCAGCACUGUGCGCCACACUCAAGAUGGCCGACCCGGAAGUGGUGACUCUCAGUCUGGAGGUUCUGGCCAUGAUGCUAACCCACAGCUCAGAGGUGGCUGAGGAAUUUACAAAGCUAAUGGGACUCCCCCUGCUGGAGGCUAUCCAGUAUAACAGCCAGGGCGAAAUGAGACUUCGAGCAUCCUAUAUCCUGGAUCAUUACCUGACCGCACACAGUCAACUGAAGGUGGACACUCCUGCAUUGUGACUCAACUGGACAAUGGGUUGCUGAAACUUUGACCGUUUACAUUACAAUAAAUAUUCCUGUAAAUACACUUGCGAGCUCUGUUGUGAAUGGACACCUAUUUUGCUAUACUGUGAAUACCCGUAGAUCUUUGUAUAUAAGUAAAAUACUAUCACUCUUGAAAUGUAAUGCGGCGUGACACGCUGAAAUAAAAUGGCAUGUUGUGUA